AUGAAGCUUAGUGCGCUUGCGACCCUACUCACCGCCCUUGCGGCAGUGACCACUGCGAACCCAGUCGCGCGGUCGCACAGGCAUGUUGUGCACGAGGAGAGGCACCCUGCCCGACGGGAAUGGGUUAAGAACCACCGCUUGCACACCAUGGCCAGGCUGCCAGUUCGAAUCGGUCUCGCGCAGUCAAACCUUCACCGCGCAAACGAGUUCAUGAACGAUGUGGCGCAUCCCGACUCCCCCAAUUACGGCAAACACUGGACACAUGACGAGAUCGUUGAGAUGUUUGCGCCGAGGCAAGAGUCCAUAGCUUUGGUCAUGCAAUGGCUUGAAGGCGAAGGCAUCCAUCGAAGUCGCGUUGCGCUCUCCAAGGGUCGCAACUGGGUUCAGUUCAACGGCACAGCCGGCGAAGUCGAGCGACUCCUGAAGACGGAAUACCACGUCUACAAGCAUGAGCAGGGUCACACCCACAUUGCUUGUGACAAGUACCACCUUCCAGAACACCUGGUUGAUCAUAUCGACAUGGUCACUCCAUCAGUACACUUCGACCAGAAGAUCGGAAGGCAGCGCCAGAACGUCAAGGAAGAGCUCACCGAGCAGCACGUCGAGGAGCUCAAGAAGCGACAACUCAAAAAGCGUGAGCUCGCCAAGCGAGAGGUAGCCUCUGGGGGCAAGAGUCCCUCCAUUGUCGGCAACCCGGACAACGGAGCUGGACCGAAGCAAGGCGCGGUCGUCAUGAAUGCCCUCAUGAGCCUCGAGCAGUGCGAUAUGAUGAUCACUCCGGAUUGUCUGCGAGCUCUCUACGCCACCCCGCCCGGGUCUCUGAAGAACUCCAACAACACCCUUGGCAUUGUCGAAUACACUCCUCAGGCCUUCCUCCAGAGUGAUCUGGACAUGUACUUCAAAGAGUUCGAGCCCCGUCUCUCUGGCACGCCCCCUAUCGUCACCCUGGUUGGCAACGCCGUCGUCCAGACUCAGAACCAGAGCUUCCGCUUCAACGGAGAAUCGGCUCUCGACUUGGAGUUCGCUAUGGCCUUGAUCUACCCCCAGACCGCAACGCUCUAUCAGGUGGGAGACUUGAACCAGGGCGCAAGCUUCAACAACUUCCUGGACGCAGUCGAUGCCAGCUACUGCACUUUCCAGGGAGGCGGCUCCAAGGAUCCCAACAUCGACGGACAAUACAGCAACAAAGUCUGCGGUUCAGCACCCAUGGUCAACGUCAUCUCCACGAGUUAUGGCUUCAACGAGGCCGACCUUGGUCGCAAGUAUGUUGAGCGCCAGUGUGCCGAGUACAUGAAGAUGGGUCUCCAGGGCGUCACCGUGCUAUACUCUUCCGGCGACUCCGGCGUUGCUGGAAAUGGCCAGCAGUGCAUCGACACUCAGACAGGCGCUUACAACGAGGGCAAGACUGGCAUUUUCAAUCCCUCUUUCCCCGGCGGUUGCCCUUGGGUGACGUCCGUCGGCGCUACUCAGAUCUUGGAGGGCUCGACAGUUCACACUCCCGAGAGCGCUUGCCAGAAGGCCAUUUUCUCUGGUGGUGGCUUCUCCAACAUUUUCGCGAUGCCCGACUAUCAAAAGCAGAUGGUUGGAGAAUACUUCAGCAAGAACGCGCCGCCUUAUGGUGCGGACCGAUACAACAACUCCAAGGUCGUGCGCGGCUUCCCGGAUAUCAGUGCCAACGGUGCCAACUACGUGACAGCCGUGAAUGGCAAGUUCUCGCUGUCGUUCGGUACCUCAGCAUCUGCACCCGUGGUUGGCUCCGUCAUCAACAUGAUCAACGAGAAGCGCAUCGAGGCCAACAAGAAGCCCGUCGGUUUCAUCAACCCGACGCUCUAUGCUCAUCCUGAAAUCCUCAACGACGUGACCAACGGAGACAACCCAGGCUGCGGCACCAAGGGCUUCUCCGCGGUGUCAGGCUGGGACCCCGUCACGGGCAUGGGAACGCCUAAUUACCCAGCGAUGGAGAAGCUGUUCAUGAGUCUACCUUGA